AUGAAAGUGUUGGUUAUUGGCCUUGGAGGUGUAACAAAUGGGGGGAAAACAACACUGGCAAAGAAGCUUCAGAAAAUUCUUCCAAACUGUGACAUAAUCUGUCAGGAUGACUUCUUUAAGCCAGAAUCUGAAGUGGAGACAGAUCAACGAGGAUUUAAGCUAUAUGAUGUUCUUGAUGCACUCUAUAUGGAUGAAAUGGUGAAAUGUAUUCGCAGUUGGAUGAAUAACCCAGCAUACUCAUGUGCCUUGACUGAAGUAACACAGACAGCAUGUAUCAAUCCAAAAAAUACAGAAGAUGUUUAUAUUUUGAUUGUGGAAGGCUUUCUUUUGUAUAAUUAUGAGCCACUUAAUGAACUAUGGGAUAGAAGAUAUUUUCUGACCCUUCCUUAUGAAGAGUGCAAAAGGAGGAGGAGCACCAGAGUCUAUCAGCCAGCAGAUACACCGGGGUACUUCGAUGGACACGUGUGGCCUAUGUAUCUGAAAUAUAAAAAUGAAUUGGAAGAAAAUGCAAGUAAUAUUGUUUAUUUGGAUGGAACAAAACCACAGGAGGAACUUUUAUCCCGUGUGUACAAUGAUAUAAUACAGGAAUUAACAAAGCAAAGGGAAGGAAGUAAGUAAUUUUGUUGGAAAUUGAAUC